UUUUGCUUGUUUGACACAAAAAAAGAAGAAAAAAACAGACGCCGGUUUCUAAACGUUUUGCCACAAAAAUUCAUAAAAAUCUAUUAAAACCAAUAAAAUUUUGCGGAAUUCCCAGUCGAAAACUGCGUCAACAUGUCUUUCAAAGGCAACACCAAGGUCCAAAAGGUAAUGGUACAACCCAUUAACCUGAUCUUUCGUUAUUUACAAAAUCGUUCCCGCGUUCAAGUGUGGCUGUAUGAAAACAUCAAUUUACGAAUUGAGGGACACAUUGUGGGAUUCGAUGAAUACAUGAAUCUAGUGCUGGACGAUGCCGAAGAGGUGUGGGUCAAGACCAGAACACGCAAAAACCUUGGACGCAUUAUGCUUAAGGGUGACAAUAUAACUUUAAUACAAAAUGUCAGUCCCUCCAAAGAUUGAGGUUAGAUUUGGACAUCAACAAUAGCAGCAGCAGCAUCAGGCAGUUGGUUUGUUUGUAUGGAUUAAUGGAAGACAGUUGCUGCCGGAGUCUGUUUUUAUAGACUUUUAGUUUAAGUUUUAAUUUAUACUUAAAGAAUAUUAACUGAAAUUUUUGUCCUUAUUAUUUCUAUAACAAAAAAAUAUAUAAUUAAGAAUUUUUCUUUUAUAAAACAAGAAAAAGCUCAGGUUUUAAUAAAAAAUUGUAGGUAUAAAUUUAUCUUUUAUACUUGAAACUAGAAGACAACUAUAAACAACAGCAUUUAACAUAAUGAAUUUCCAAAAUAUUUCUAAAAAACAGUUUGAAUGUAAACUAAAAUUAAUUACA